AUGUCAUCACCAAAGACCGUCCGCUGGGGCAUCCUCGCGACUGGAGGUAUCGCCGUCACCUUUACCAAGGAUCUCCUCUGCGACCCUACUACACGUGGCGUUAAGCACCUAAAGCACACGGUCGUCGCUGCCGCCUCCUCGUCCUCCGAAUCGCGUGCCAAGGACUUCUUGAAGGAGGUCGGCGCACCCUCCGACGCGAAGGCAUAUGGCUCCUACGAGGAGUUCGUAAAGAACCCGGACAUCGACGUCGUAUACAUUGCCACACCACAUUCGCAUCACUACCAGAAUGCUAUGCUCUGCUUGGAGGCCGGCAAGAACGUGCUAUGCGAGAAGGCGUUUACUGUCAAUGCCGCCCAGGCGCGCAAGCUGGCCGAGGUCGCAAGGUCCAAGAACCUCUUCUUGAUGGAGGCUGUAUGGACGCGCUACUUCCCGCUCUCCAUCUACGUCCGCGAGCAAAUCACCUCUGGUCGCAUUGGGCCCAUCACACGCGUUAUCUCGGACAACAGCAUGGCGCUCGACCCUGAGAACAACUUCCCAGAUGGCAAGCACCGUAUGGUCAACCCUGAUCUGGCUGGUGGCGCCCUGCUUGAUCUCGGUAUCUAUGCCCUUACCUGGGUCUUCCAGACCAUCUACCACACCCAGCCCGAGAACUCGCGGCAGGCACCCAAGCUCCAGGCUUUUGUCAAGAACUACGAGCCAACUGGCAAGGCCGACGAGCACAGCACCGUGAUCCUGCAAUUCCCCCGUUCAAAAGAGCAAGGCGGCGAGGUUCAUGCCGUAGCGACAACCUCGCUUCGCGUCGCCACAGCGCCCGGAGGCAACAUGGACCAACCCUUCGUCCGCAUCCAAGGCCCCAAGGGCGAGAUCCAAGUCUUCGGGCACUCCUUCCGUCCCCUCUCCACCAAGAUCAUCGGUUCAGACGGCAAGGUUGAGUCGAAAGAAUUCCCCAUUCCGGGCCCAGGUAAGGGAAGCGGUUGGUACAAUGGCUUCGGUGGCUCACUGCAAUCAGAAGGCGAGGGCCAGGGUAUGUUCUGGGAAGCCGACGAGGCGGCAGAUGCUAUCAUCAACGGCAGGAAAGAGGGUCGCUUCCUUGGCCUUGACGAGAGUGUGUUGAUUAUGGAGGCUAUGGAUGAGGUGCGGAAGCAGGGUGGGCUUGUGUACCCGGAGAAGAUUGAGACUCUGGACUACCCUACGCAGUUGUAG